UUUAUGUCUGGCUUAUUGUCCCUCCAUUAAUAAUUUGAUGACUAUGUAUUUAUGUUCUCGAAUUUGUAGCAUUGGUAGAGAAUACAAAGAGAAGUAGUUUUAAAUGUUGUGCAUGAAAAAGUUGGAAAAUUCUUUUGGUUAUGAAAAGGUCAUGUUCUUUUAUGUUUUGGCUCUUUUUCAUCUGGGUGACAGCCGUGACUCUAGCGCUUAUUUUCUAGAACUUUGAUAUUCAUUUUCAAUGGCAAUUGGCAUGGCGAUCCUCUGCAAUUUUGCCAAAGACCGGGCCAUAGUCUUUUUUCUGCAUCUUCAAGACAGAAAAAAGUUUCUAUUUGUUGUGCCAAAAGAAGUGGCUUAUGUAUUCCGCAGCUGGAUCGGGUUAUAAUAAGUGAUCACACAAUCUUAUAAUCUUAUGUAUCCCUAGUUUGCUUCCUAUCGUAGUAUCUUGGUUAUGCAAAGGAAAGGACCAUUAAGAUAGGUGAAAUUAAGUUCUGCUCAGCAUUUGGUAUCCUUAAGUUGACAUGCAUAUUUGUUGCUUUGUACUGUUUGAACUUAAUAUGCCCUUCUAGUGCUAUCUUCGGAAGUUGACUCUAUUGGUGAACUUGCUAUCUAGUGUCAAAUGUGAUUAGUUUAGAAAUAUUAAUAUGAUUCUUGUUAGAAAGAUUGAAAGUGCUUUCUUUGACAAAGUAACUAUUAAUGAUCAACAUUAUCAAACUUAAAGUCAAAUGCAAAGUUGAUUACAGGAAGCAUGGAGUAACGUCUGCCUUUGUUGGCAUCUUGCCUUUCCUGAUUGUCACCAUAUAGAUAGGCUGUAAUGGUACUGUCUGCCCAAAAGCCUUGUAAUUCCUGUUUGCGAUUCGUUCCAUGCCUGGCAUACUGUUUCCAAGCUCAGAAGGAAUUUCUAAGAGAGCCUCGGAUUGUACGAGUGGGUCUUAUUCAGAAUUGUAUCACCCUCCCCACAACAGCACCUUUUAUAGAGCAGAGAAGGGCCAUCUUUCAGAAAUUGAAGCCCAUUAUAGAGGCUGCAGGUGCUUCAGGAGUCAAUAUUUUGUGCCUCCAGGAAGCAUGGACUAUGCCAUUUGCAUUUUGUACCAGGGAGAAAAGUUGGUGUGAAUUCGCCGAGCCUGUCAAUGGGGAGUCAACUCAAUUUCUGCAAGAUCUUGCAAGGAAAUACAAUAUGGUCAUCGUUAGUCCCAUUCUAGAGAGAGAUAUUGUACAUGGAGAAACUAUGUGGAACACUGCUAUUAUAAUUGGAAAUCAGGGUAACAUUAUUGGCAAGCAUAGAAAGAAUCAUAUUCCUAGGGUUGGGGACUUUAACGAGAGCACAUAUUAUAUGGAAGGAAACACUGGACACCCUGUUUUCGAGACAGCAUUUGGGAAAAUUGGCGUCAACAUUUGUUAUGGGAGGCAUCAUCCUUUGAAUUGGAUGGCUUUUGGCUUGAAUGGAGCAGAGAUUGUAUUUAAUCCGUCUGCUACUGUUGGUGAACUGAGUGAACCUAUGUGGCCAAUUGAGGCACGCAAUGCUGCAAUAGCGAACAAUUACUUUGUUGGCUCAAUAAAUCGUGUUGGAACAGAGAUCUUUCCAAAUCCAUUCACAUCUGGAGAUGGAAAGGCGGAGCACAAGGAUUUUGGUCAUUUCUAUGGUUCUAGCCAUUUUUCUGCACCAGAUGCUUCUUGCACUCCCCCUCUCUCUCGUUACAGAGAUGGUUUAAUGGUCGCGGACAUGGAUUUGAAUCUCUGUAGGCAGAUCAAAGAUAAGUGGGGAUUCAGAAUGACUGCUAGGUACGAGCUCUAUGCAGAGAUGCUCGCUCGUUAUGUAACGCCAGAUUAUCAGCCACAGAUAGUGUCUGAUCCUUUGCUGGAUAAGAAGAAUUCAGCUUAACUCUUUCUUCAUUAUUGGAAAUAAAUACUCUUCCCCUUUCCUCAUUUAAGUUACCAUAAGGAAAUGACAUGGGUUAAGGAUAGUGAAAAAAAGGUGAGUUGAUGGGUGAUUGGUUGUGUGUGGAACCAACUUCAAUGCAUCGUAUAGACAAAAAAAAAACUUAUUAAGAAGGUUAUGUAAAUUUAAAUAUGGAACAAUUAUAUUGAAGAUAACAUAUGUUAUACGAAUGGAAGGAGUUUAAUUGAAGAAUUUGUUUUGCAACUUUGUUAA